AUGAAUUCUGAAAUCUUCUGGAUCCUGCUAAGUAUGCUGUUGGGGAAGACCCUAGGCAAUCGAAUGCGAUGUUAUGACUGUAGUCCAGAUGGUCCCUGCUCUGAAACCAUAAGGACAUGUGGGGAGGGCGAACGCUGUGGAUUCCUGGAGCAGAGACUCCACCAAGAGAAGGAGCAGAUCAAGUUUCCAGGGAACCCCACAGUCACCCUGGUCCAUCACCGCCCUACCUGUGUAGCAGUCCAUCGAUGUGAACAGGAGGAAAUAGAGUUGGUGGGUGGUGUGCCCUACACCUCCCACAGUAGCUGUUGCCAUGGUGAUCUCUGCAAUGGUGCUGCAGCUACAAUGGUUCCUAGCAUGGCCUUGUCUACUUUGGUGGUCAGCACCCUGGCCUGGAUCCUUCCAGGACUAUGGGGAGGGUAA